AUGAAAUAAUAAUUUUUAGAUAUAAUCCUUAAAGACUCAUAAUAGGAAGUAUCUUGUAUAAACUUAGAAAAUAUGAUUGAUAUGCUCAGGGAUCCUGAUUUUAGAUAAAAGUGCUUAUAAUGCAAAUAAGAUCAUGAAUUAAUAGAGAUAUUUCCUAUUGUAGGUUUUGGGAUUACAAUUAAGAAAAUUAAAAUAAACUCAUAAACUUUGAUAAAAGUAACUUAAUUUUCUAAAGUUGAGAAAUCUAUUGAUCUAAAUUUUUUAUAUUAUAGUCAUUUAAAAAAAAAAAAGGAGUAGCCAAACUGUAUUUUACCAUUAUUGUCUGCAAAAGAAGGGAAUGCUCAAUUACUAAAUUGUGAACUCUUUAAAAGAAAAAUCUCUUAUUUAGUACACCAGAAACUUGAUUCUUAUAAAGAAGACACUUAUUUAUUAUUAAUUUAAGCUAGCAUUUAUCAUAUUAUUAAGAAAAAUGGAAACUAAUCUUGGGGAAAAGAUAUUUUAAGACUAUCAUUUGAAACUUGUUAGUAAGUUUUUAUUAAUACAUCAUUAUUUUGCAAUUCAAUUAAAACUAUAGAAUUUUAGUAAUCAAAAUUUCAACUUCUAAAUUUAAUAUGUUUAUUUUAUAUGAAUUAGUUAACAACUGAAGAUAUAUUUGAUUAUUAUAUUAGGCCAAAUUUAGAGCAAUAAAAUAAUAAUUAUAAAUUAGAUUAAAAUAGAGUGAAAGCUUUUUUUAAUUCAUUAAAGUUCGAAAGAUUAGAUAUGAUUUAUUAGAAUAUUCAGCAAUUUAUGUAUAAUUAUCUUAGAGAAAAUAAUUAUUUCAUUUUAAAGUUAAGUUAAAAUAAAUUUUUAAAUGGUCUCAUUGAAUAUAUGAUUCCAAAAGAUGAGUAAUGGACAAAUUUAUAAAAACUUGAAAUUAUUUAAAAUAAGUGGUCAGAUAUUAGAGAAUAUAAACAUUAUACUAUCUCAUGUAUAUACUAAAAAUUGUUAAAUAACCUAUUUGAAGAAUAUAAUGAAGAAAAAGAAUUUAAGUAUUUUGAGUCUUUCUCUAAUCAUUUUACAGAAGAUGGAUAAUCUUAUAAAUCGUUUCUUAUACUACAUAAUGAAUAUUAUGAAAUUUAUGAAAUGUUUGAAUUAUACAAUUUAACAUAAAAUGAAUUCUAAAGUGAUAACUAAGUUUUAGUGGAGCAGUAUUAGACUAUAGCAAUACGUUUUAUUGUGAGUAAAAUAUCUCUUGACUAAAUAAAAAGAAAAAACCCUGAAAGUUUUUUAGUUUUAUCUGCCUUUGAUGAAUUUAAUAAAACAAAUAAAUAUUUAGAAAUAUUUAAAAAGAUCUUUAAACUAACUGAAUAAUAAGCAUAAGUAAUUCAUAGUUCAAUAAAUGAAGAAGUAAAGAAUUUGACUUGGCUAAAUUUUUUAUCUUCAGUAACUAAUUUUAAAGAAUAAGAUUAGAUCAAAUUAUUCUUAAUAAAGCUUCUAUCUCAUUUAAAAAUUUGGAGAUCAAUAUAACAUUAUGAAACUUGUGCAAAAAAUUUAACUGAUUUUAGUAAGUUUAGUUUUUUAUUAUUGCAAAGGACAAGAAUGUUAAUAAAAAUUCAUAGUUUUACCGAAUAAUCACUUUAGGAAAUUUUAAUAAAAAACUAAUAAAAAGAGUGUCAAAGAAUAUUUGAUAUUAGUAGAAUACUUGAAUAUUGA